GUCUAACAGCUUGUAAUGUGUUUUAUUUUUCAGUUUCCCUUCUAUGAGCAGAUGUGCAAGGGCAUUCAAGCGGGUGAGAUGUGUGAGAAGUUGGUGGGAUACUCUGCGGUAUACAAAGUCUGUUUUGGAAUGGCCUGUUUCUUCUUUUUCUUCUGCUUGUUUACCAUCAAAAUUAACAACAGCAAAAGCUGCCGAGCAUAUGUUCAUAAUGGGUUCUGGUUUUUAAAGCUUCUACUUCUGGCAGCAAUGUGCUCAGGAGCUUUCUUCAUUCCUGAUCAGGACACUUUCCUCAAUGCCUGGCGCUAUGUAGGAGCAGCAGGAGGUUUCCUUUUCAUUGCCAUUCAACUUAUCCUACUUGUUGAGUUUGCACACAAAUGGAAUAAAAAUUGGACUGCAAGUGCAAAUCACAAGCAGAUGUGGAGUGGUUUGCUAGCCCUGGUCACGCUCAUCUUGUACUCUGUUGCUGUGGCAGCCCUGGUCCUCAUGGCUCUUUUCUACACACGUUCAGAGGGCUGCUUGUCUAACAAGAUCCUGAUUGGUGUCAAUGGUGGCCUGUGCCUCUUUGUGUCACUGGUAGCCAUAUCACCUUGUGUCCAGAAUCGCCAGCCCCAUUCUGGUUUGCUGCAGUCAGGAAUAAUCAGCUGCUAUGUCAUGUACCUGACUUUCUCAGCGCUAUCCAGCAAGCCCCCAGAAACCAUCCUGGAUGAAAACAAUCAGAACAUCACGAUAUGUGUGCCUGAAUUUAGCCAAGGACUACAUGGAGAUGAAAACCUGGUUACAGGCCUGGGUACUACCAUUCUCUUUGGCUGCAUUUUGUAUUCUUGUUUGACCUCAACAACACGUGCAAGCUCUGAGACACUGAGAGGAAUAUAUGCAGCACCUGAAACUGAAGUAGCUCGUUGCUGCUUUUGCUGCGUGCUUGAUGGAGAUGCUGAUGCUGAGGAACGUGUUGAAAAAAGGGGAGGCCAGACUGUGAUUUAUGAUGAAAAGAAAAGCACAGUGUACAGCUAUACCUUCUUCCACUUUGUUUUCUUCCUGGCUUCACUCUACGUAAUGAUGACAGUAACUCAUUGGUUCCAGUAAGUGCAUUUCUUUUAAAGGCAAGAAACUAAUGUCUCUGUGCACUCAGUGGCAGUGCCUGCUGCUAGUGCAUCUCCUCUCAUAAAGUAGGAAGCUGCAAGAGAGGGUUGAAGUCUUUCCUGGGGUAUUUUUGAGCGAGUUCCUUCUCUGCAAAUAACUGCUUUCUUCUGUGGCUUUGUUAACCUAGUUGAAGUGUGUGACCUGCCUGGAGAAACAGAGGCUACUACAAUUUUCACU